AGGAUAACUUCCGGUGCGGAACUGGGGCCUGGGAGGAUUGCUCACCGGCGCGGGGUCUGAACCGGUAGAUCGGGAGGUGGUGGCCUGUGGGUGUCGGAACACGCGGCCGACGCCAUGCCGUUCUUGCACGGCUUCCGCAGGAUCAUCUUUGAGUACCAGCCCCUAGUGGACGCCAUCCUUGGCGCCCUGGGCAUCCAGGAUCUGGAGCGGCAGGAGCCCCUGGAUGAUUCUGCUUCCAGCGAGGAGAGCCGGAUCCUGGUCCUCACGGAGCUGCUGGAGCAGAAGGCUCACUCUCCAUUCUACCAGGAAGGCGUGAGCAAUGCGUUGCUGAAGAUGGCUGAGCUGGGCCUGACCCGGGCAGCUGCUGUCCUUCUGCAGAGUGGGGCCAACCUCAAUUUCGAAGACCCUGUUACCUACUACACAGCCCUGCACAUUGCUGUCCUGAGAAACCAGCCUGACAUGGUUGAGCUGCUGGUGCGCCACGGGGCUGACAUCAACAGGAGGGACCGGAUCCAUGAGAGCAGCCCCUUGGAUCUGGCCAGCGAGGAACCCGAACGCCUGCCCUGCCUGCAGCGCCUCUUGGAUCUUGGAGCAGAUGUCAAUGCAGCUGACAAGAAUGGGAAGACAGCUUUACUUCACGCCCUGGCCAGCAGCGAUGGUGUGCAGAUCCACAACACAGAAAACAUCCGGCUCCUCCUGGAGGGAGGGGCAGACGUCAAGGCCACCACCAAGGAUGGGGACACUGUAUUCACCUGCAUCAUCUUCCUGCUCGGUGAGACUGUCUGUGGGGACAAGGAGGAGGCCCCGAUGAUCAACCGCUUCUGCUUCCAAGUCACGCAGCUCUUGCUGGCCCACGGUGCCGACCCCAGCGAGUGCCCGGCCCAUGAGUCCCUCACGCACAUCUGCCUCAAGAGCUUCAAGCUGCACUUCCCGCUCCUCUGCUUCCUGCUGGAGUCCGGAGCCGCCUACAACUGCUCCCUGCACGGUGCAUCCUGUUGGUCUGGCUUCAACCUCGUUUUUGAGAGGCUCUGCUCGCACCCGGGCUGUGCCGAGGACGACAGCCACAUUGAGCUUCUGCAUAAGGCUGAGACCGUGCUGGACCUCAUGGUGACCAGCUCCCAGAGGCUGCAGCUGCCUGAGAACCUCAACAUCCACCCAGUGGGUAGCCUGGCAGGGAAGAUCCAGGCCCUUCAUGCCUCCCUGAGGCAGCUCGAGAGCUACCCGCCACCUCUCAAACACCUGUGCCGGGUGUCCAUCCGGCUGUGCCUGCGACCGUGGCCUGUGGACACCAAGGUCAAAGCACUGCCCUUGCCCGACAGGCUCAAGUGGUACCUGCUCAGUGCACACAGUGAUACCCAAGACACUUGCUGACAAGUCCCAGGGUGGAAUGAUCUGGGGUACCUGAAACCAGCCUGAGGAUAGACCUGGCACCUAUAAUGGCCUUUGGGGGAGGGGUCCCUUUUAUCUGGGAAAGGCCUGCCCUUUACUGCUAUGAAACCACUAGGGUGGUGCCCUGGAGGCCAAAGGCAUGGAAGGCUGCUCCAGGGAGAUCCCCGCCCCCUCCCUCUCAGUGUUUCACAAUGGGAGGGGCCAGUGCAGAUGGGAUACAGCUGCCCUCUGUAUUAGGAGCUGACCAGGCUGUGCACAGGGAAUGAGGCCCAGGCCCCUCAGAGCCCUGGCAGCUGUGGUUCGUCCCAUGGCGGAGGCACAUGCCUGGGGUUUCCCAGGACCAGUGCCAAAAAUCCUGGGCCAUUCAGUAAGGCCCUACCCAUUCAUUCUGCCGCCUCGGGUCUCAUGAUGCCUUUGAGGAGCUGGGGACAGAACUGAGGCGGCCACAGGCUGGUCUUCUGGGUUAGAGGCCUGCCCAGUCCUGUGGUGGUCAGGGCUCUGGCACUGUGGUUGGUGGUAGCUCUGCUCAUGCCACACCCAGGUCUCGGGGCUGGUGCCUUCUGUUUAAAGGCAUCACGAGCACAGCAGGAUUUAUGAGGGGCCCAGAAGACACUGCUGAGGCCUGAAGCUGGCUCCACUCUAGUGCCAAGCCCUCACGAGAUCUUCGCAGUCAGCUUGGCUUUUGGGAAUGAGCAGAGAUGAUUAAAUAUAUUUAUAAGAUUAAA